UUUUCUUCACUAAACGCAGCUAUCGAUGAUCAAUGGCUGCUAUAUGUCUUCCUGUCGGCGUGUUUCUCCUUCAUUUUCUUACUUGUACCGGUCGUAGUUUGAGCUACGAUUCAAGUAUUUUUACUAAUAAUAGUUACCAAGAAAUUCUUCAACAGCUAAACAAAGAUAUUUAGAGAAAAUGGCUAAACCAAAAUCGGGGGAGAAUAAGGAUUUAAAGAAUGUGAAGAAACAAUUGCACACAAUAAAAACUGGAUCAAUAAAGAAGGACAAGAAUCCCAAGUUUAAGAAUACACCAGUGGGCAAUGUAGCUUUGAUUAAUAACUCAAAAGCAAAGAACAAAAAUACACCAUCUCAGAAAAAUUUCCAGAAAAAUAAAGAUGUAAAGAAUAAUGCAAAGCAAUUGAAACAAAAUUCCCCCAAUGAAGCACAAAAUAAACCAGGCAAUAAAAAAAUUAAUUUAACCCCUACAAAAAAGUUGGAGGAAAGUGAUGAUUCUAAUUCUAACGAAGAAGUCAUUAGUAUCUGUAAAGAGGAGGAUACAUUUGAGGAAUCUGAUGUCGAUAUCCCAAACAUCUUUGGAAAAAGCUUACAAGAUGAAUCGGAUGAAGAUGAUGAGGACUUUGAAGAAGAAGAAGAUGAUGAAGAUGAAGAUGAAGAUGAUGAUGAUGAUGAUGAUGAUGAUGAUGAUGAGGACGACGACGACAAAGACAAGGAUAAUGAUCACAUUAAGGGUGAUCACACUAAGGAUCUUAAAGAUAUGAUGGUUAAAUAUGAAACUAUGAACAAAAGAAUUAAAAGUAUGUUCGCAGAAAGAAAAAAAAAGAAUGAGGAUAAUAAAAAUAAAUUGAAUCACUUACAACCAUGUACUAGUGAAAUUAGUGAUGACGAUGAUGAUGAAGAUGAAGAGGAUGAUAAUGAAAGUGAAAUGACAGAUGACAGAAAGCAUCUAAUAGAGCUGCUUGAAAAAGCUAAGGCAAAGGCAGGAAGAAGGGAAUUAGAUGCAAUGGGAUUCGAAUCAGAUACAGAUUUUGACAAUUUCGAGAAGAUUAGGCAACAAGUGGAAGAUAGGCUGAAUAAAAGAAAUAACAAUGAAGAUGAGACUGAAGAUGAGGAUGAUGAUUAUUAUUAUUAUUAUGAUGAUGAUGAUGAUGAUGAUGAUGAUGAAGAUGAGGAUGAGGAUGAGGAUGAGGAUGAGGAUGAGGAUGAGGAUGAGAAUGAGAAUGAGAAUGAGAAUGAGAAUAAGAAUAAGAAUGAGAAUGAGAAUAUAGGUUUAAAGGCACUUUUAGGGAAAUUGAUUCCAGACGAAGAUGAUGAUGAAGAUUUUAGUGAAGAAGAUGAAGAUGAUGAAGAUGACGAUAUUAGUGAUGAAGAUGAAGAUAGCGAAGAGAAUGAUAAUGUAAUAAAAAUUACAAAAGAAAAAGAUGUUAAACCACCUAAUAGUAAAGAUAUUCGUAAAGGACAAAAACAAGUAAAAGAAGAGAUAAAAUAUCAAUUAACUGUUGAAAGACAAGAAGAUAUUGAUAAAAAGACUAUCUUCAUUGAUAAUAUUCCAAAAGACACAAAAGAAGCAGAAAUAAAAAAAGUGUUUAGCAAAUUUGGACCUAUUAAUAACUUACGUUUUAGAAAUAUUGUUCCUCAAAAUCUGAAAAUGUCUAAGAAAGUAGCUGCUAUAACAAAGCAGAUUCACCCAAAAGUAACUACAGUUGUGGUAUAUAUUAAUUACAAGUCCAAAGAAUCUGCUCAAAAGGCGCUUAGCAUGAAUGGAAAGAUAUUUCAAGGAAAUUAUAUACACGUACAAAUAGUGAGUGAUAAAUCUAUGAAAAAAGAAUGGAAUAAUAAGAAAGCUGUAUUUAUAGCAAAUUUGAGAUAUGGCACAGAUAAUAAUACAAUCUGGAAACACUUUGGUAUAUGUGGAGAUAUAGAAUCCGUACAUUUAGUACGUGAUAAAGAAACAGGUCAAACUAAAGGAUUUGGUUAUAUCAAUUUUAUAGAUGAAAAUGCUGUAUUGUGUGCUUUAGAAUUAGAUGGUACUGAGAUUAUGAACAGACCAGUACGAGUAGAACCAUACAAAAUAAAUAGCGCCAACAAGAAGGGAAGAAAACGAGAUUGUCCAAGUAACAAUGAUGACAAUCCACGAAAAAAAUCUAAGAAUAAUUUGGGAGAAACUAUAGCAUAUAGAGUUAAAAGUGUAACAAAUAUUAAAAAGCAAAAAAAAUUACAGAAAAAUAAUGUAACCUCUCAAGAAGAAGGAUCGAUUUUAUUUCAGGGUCAAAAAGCUAACUCCAAGAAUAAAAAAAAAGAAAAUAAACUUGAUAGGAAAAAAAAGAAAAUGGCACAAAAGCUUGCAGCAAAAUCCAAUAAAUCAGUAAAAGUUUAAGCUAAUAAUGUUGCGAUAUAUUUUAGUUUUUUUUUUUGGACGUAGUUAUAAGAUUUUUUAUAUUCAAAGACAAGAUUUCUCUAUCACAUUUAUUUAACUAGUAUCCUUUAUAAAAAUUCAACAUUUUUAUAGAAGAUUAAAAGUUCCCCAUGAAUUGGUUCAAAUAUAAAUAACUAUCAAAUAGCAUGUAUAUA